UAUUGUGACGUUAAGACAAGGAAAUGCUGUAAACCAAUAACAAGUCAGAAGAAAACGAUACAGAAGUGUUAAGGUUUGAUCUUCAACAAGAAGUAUUCGAGUUCUUUCAAGGUGUACUUUAAUCACGUUGUAUUCCAUGGUCUGAGAAUGUAUUGUCCACUUGCAUGUCUCCACACCGCCUCACCUUGCUGUAGAGUGAUGGCGUCCAGCUCCCCCAUGGUGAACGGGGACAUCUCCCGGGGUUCUAGCUCUCACCCAGGCCACAGCCCCACCACAGGCACCCUGGAGGAAACGCUGCAGCAGAUGAACCGCCUCAUCCAGGAGAACCGAGACCUGAAGGAGGCGCUGAAGCAGACUAACAUGUCGAUGAAGGAGCGUUUCGAGGGUCUGUCUGUGUGGAGGGAUAAGCAGAGGGAGGAGAAGGAGUUCCUGGAGGGGAGGCUUGAUGAGGCGCGCGGCCGUGUGGAGGCCCUCUCCUCACACAACCAGGAGCUCAGCAUGAAGGUGGAGGAGCUGGAGGGAGAAGGGAAGGGACAGGCCGAGACAGCCAAUCAGAAUGCAGAACUGGAGGCGCUGCGUGCCCAGCUGGUGCGUCUGCAGGCAGAGAAGAGUGACCUGGUGGCCAUGAACUCUGAACUCCAGCUCAAGACAGGUCAGGGGUCAGAGGACGACUCCUUCAUAGAGAUCAGGAUUGCUAGAGAGGAUACUGGAAAGGACCUGUAUCAUAAUGAAAGGGACCCCAGGUAUGACAUGAGUGUAUCCAGGCAGGAGUCUGAGGAGCUGACUGUCAGCCAGCUGCUCCAGUCCCUGAGGAAGGAGACCCAGAGGGUGGAAUGGCUACAAAUCGAGCUCCAGGCUACCAAAUCCAGAAUCACAGAGCUGGAGGAGAAAGAAACUAACACGGAGAGCUCCACACAGACCUCACUACUGCCAGAGGUGGUUUCCCCAGCACUAGCCACCACAGCAUGUGGUACUGAACCAGAGGCGGAGCCCCAACAGAACUCUGGGAAGGAGAAGGCUGCGUCAGAGGUGGAGGAUCUGAAGGCUCAGAUGAUGACCCUGUUUAAUGAGCUACAGCAGGCUCAGAGCAAACUGGGCGAGGCAGAGGGCAUGAAGAAGAACCUGCAGGACAGAUGUAGGGAUGUGGAGCAGGAGGUGGUGACUCUGACAGCCCAGCUGGUAGAGAAGCAGGAGGUACAGAGUGAGAAUGACAGACUGAAGCUGCAGGUGGACAGCAUGAAGGCCCAGAGCCAGCUAGAGCAGAGGAAGGCUGGAGAGGAGAGGACUAACCUGACCCAGCUGAAGGAUGCCUACACCAAGCUAUUCGAGGACUACAAUGAGUUGAAGCAAGAGAGCAAGAACAGAGAGCCACUUGUCACUAAGGAGGUGGGAGACCUGCAGACCAGACUGGACGCAGCAGAGAAGGCCCUGGCUGCUAAGCAACAGCAGAUAGAUGUUAUGAAGCAGGAGAUAUAUCAGAAGGAGAAGGAGCUGGAGACCAUCUCUGUGUUCCAGGCUCAGGCGGAGGUGUACUCCUCUGACUUCUACGCAGAGCGAGCAGCUCGGGAGAAGAUUCACGAGGAGAAGGAACGUCUGUUUGCUCAGCUGGAGUUUGUCAAGAAACAGAACACUCAGUUACAGGACGAGGUGGACUCACUGGGCAGGCAAUCUCUGAGCGAUAUGCAGAGAAGACACAUGCCACGUGGAGGCAACAUGCAGGGAGCCAGAGGUGGUGAUGCCAGGGACUGGCAGCAGCAGGGGAAUAUACCGGAGCACGUCUGCCCCAAGUGUAACGAGAUCCUACCAGACCUGGACAGCCUGCAGAUUCACAUCAUGGACUGCAUCAUCUGAGCCUUCAUCAUCGUCAUCAUCCCAUUUAUGGCAGAGUAAAAUGCAGCCUUUAUGCUCUAAAAAGUGCAUUUAUUUUGCAGUUCACGGCUAUGUUGCUCUGGUCUAUGUUUUAGAACAUAUAACUAUAAUAUAAAAUGUAUUCUUACAGUGCACAACUAGACACAUUCUUUUUUUUGUUAGAGGGGCGAAAAACAUCCUGUAAAAUGUAUCACGUUUAAUAUACUGUUAGGUGAUAAAUGGAGAACUGGAAUUUGUAUUUUAAGUUUGGUAACUUGUUUAUUUUCUCAUGACAGCUGUCUGUCACAUAGUUUAGAAUUAACUCUUUAGCAAGAAACAAUUUGGUUUAUUAAAUGCUUAUUAUGGAUUUUCGGGUGGUUCAAUUUAAUCAAGCUGUAAUUCUGUUUCGAUGAAGGUUAUGAAUAGAUUAUGAUUACAGCAUAGACAUUUCCUUUUGAAUAAUUCAACAGAGGGAAGGAUGCCCAAGACAGUUUGUUUUUUGUAAAUGUAUAUUGCACAUACAUUUUAUCCAUCGUCGUCAUGGUUUGUACAUGUAUAAUUAAACCUAUGUAGCCUGCA